GGUCUUUAAAUAAUUGCUUGAGAUUUGUCGUACAGGACGUGUGUCUACUUUUUCACCUUUUAGGGGAAGGUCUAAGGUUUAUUGAACAGGAAUCUGAAUUAGUCGUCUAGCCUCAAAAUAAAUUGAAAAUGAAAAAGAAACAAGGAGGUACACUUGAGUCAAUUUAACAAUCAAAACAGCAAAGCAAAGUAAUCAAUCCUCCUUAGUGGGCUCAUCGUAUCACCUCCACAACUUUAUUAUGAUUUUUCCCCCACAACUUUAUUAUGAUUCUUCUUUCUAUUAUUAUUGAAGUUCCUCUUUAGCCAUUUACUGAAUCCCAUUUUUUACUAUUUCACACAGCAUAAUUCUGGCCGGCUUUGCUGAACUUUAAAGAUCUUGAGAACUAGUGAAAACUACAUACAUGGAAAGAGGAAAAGAAAAUGAAGGAGAAAGAGAGGACCGGAAAGCAAACAGCUCAUCGGUAUCAUCUGCUGUGCUUCGCGAGGUAAUUGUGAAUCUUCAAGAUUUCGUAGAGAGGUUAAAGAAUGAAGAAGAUCAAACUGUUCUUGACACGGAUCAAAUUGAAAAGAUGACAUUUUUGUCGGCAUGUUUACAACUUUUUCAUUACAUUUUGGAUGGUUCUAAUGCCGAAAUGUCUUUCUUAUCAUAUGAGGUCCAUGAUCUGGUUCAGUCACUUUUUCAUCAGAGUGGAGAUGAUAUGCUGGUUAAAUUAAAGGAUCACGUUUUUCCCUGCCUUCUUGAAAAUAUCGAAAGUUCUAAAAUCUCAGAUCAUCAUUAUGAAUCAAGUGCUACCAUGACUGAGGAUCAGUUGGUUGAACUCUUGGACGCACUUCUUGUGAAUCUCCAUUAUCUACCCAAGGUUCGUGCUGAGUUGCUUUUGCCAUCAAGGACUCAGUAUGAGCUUCUUCAGAAUGUUUUUGGCAAUUUAAGAGAUUUUCAUGGUCUGAUGGUAAACGGUUGCAUUGAGCGUAAGACAAUUGAAUGUGUCUUACCUCAGAUUCAACUUAUAGCUGAGAGAGUAGGACACUUCUGUUUUGUGCUUUUGUCUUAUCAACAUGAAGAUGAAGAAAAUGAAGAAGAUGAAGAUGACGAAGAUGAAGAAGAUGAAGAAAAUGAAGAAGAUGAAGAAAAUGAAGAAAAUGAAGAAAAUGAAGAAGAUGAAGAAGAUGAAGAAAAUGAAGAAAAUAAAGAAGAUGAAGAAAAUGAAGAAAAUGAAUAUGAAGUCUAUUCCAUGCUAGUUCAUCUACUUUUGAAGAUAAUUCCGGUUUCUCUGGAGGUUAUUCACAUAUGUUCUACAAAUUUGAAAGCUUCAAAGUCAGCUGAAGUUGGACGCUUCAUUAAGCAGCUCCUAGAAGCAUCUCCAGACAUUUUUAGAGAAUAUCUGAUUCAUCUACAACAGCACAUGGUUAAUGCCAUUACUCCUAGCACCCCAGCUCGAAAUAUUCAUGUCAUGAUAGAGUUCCUAUUGAUUAUUCUUACUGAUGCGUCCAAGGAUGUUAUUCGUCAUGACAAAUUGUUUGUUUUCUUGGAACGUGUUGGAGAACUUUCCAAGGAUGUAUUCGUUCUUGUUCGCAACUUAGAAGAGAAUAUGAAGGAAACAAGCGGUGCAAGUCUAAACUUGCUGGCAAAUAUUGAAAUCCUGAAGGAAGAUCUCAAGAAUGUUUUCUUGGAAGCCCCUGCAGACUCAUCUGAGCUCUGCUUCCCAAUGAGUGAUGGACCGCUCUUCAUGACUCUUCUACUUACAAACUUAAAUGACUUGCUCAAUUCCAAUGCUUAUUCAGUUGUUUUGAUAAAAGAAGAAAUCAGUUGGGUGAAAGAAGACCUAGAACACAUAAGAUCGUUCUUCGGAAAUAUGGAGCAAGAAUUGCAUAGAGAUCUUUGGACUCGUGUUCUAGAUGUGGCAUAUGAGGCGGAACAUGCCAUUAACUCAAUUCUUACCAGAGAUCAUGGUAUCUUGCAGCUUAUCUUCUUACUUCCUAAUAUCGUAGCAAAGAUCAAGCUUGUCAAAAAAGAGGUACAAGAGAAGAUCUCCAAGAACACGAGUAUCAAUUUUGCAAACUCUCCCAACAAGCCAGUUGAAAACAAGUUAUCAAUAUCUAGUAAAAUAAUUGUAGGUUUUGAGGAGGAGAUAGAGUGGAUAAUUAGGAAGCUCACCAGCGGAACAUCUGAGGUAGAUGUCAUUUCCAUAGUCGGCAUGCCGGGGCUUGGAAAAACUACUUUGGCUUACAGAGUAUAUAAUGAUAACUCUGUUGUUGGUCAUUUCAACGUUCGUGCUUGGUGCACAGUCGACCAGGAACGUAAUGAGAAAAAGUUGUUGCAGAAAAUUUUCAAUCAAGUAAUUGUUUUGAAAGAAAGAGACAGUGAGGAUGACAUAGAUGAUGACGUUGCUGAUAAGCUACGGAAAUAUCUGUUUGGAAAGAGGUACCUGAUUGUAUUGGAUGACUUGUGGGAUACUGCAACAUGGGAUGAGUUAACAAGACCAUUAUAUACCAUCCCAUCUGAAUUUCAGAAAGGAAGCAGAGUUAUUUUAACAAGUCGAAAAAAGGAAGUGGCUUUGCAUGGAAAAUGCCACAGUGCUCCUCUUGAUCUUCGAUUGCUAAGACCAGAAGAAAGUUGGGAGUUAUUCGCGAAAAACGUGUUCGGAGAAGAACAUUGCCCUGAUGAACUAAAAGAUGUUGGAGAGAAAAUUGCCGAAAAGUGUGAUGGGCUUCCUUUGGUACUUGAUUUGAUCGGCGGAGUCAUUUCAAGAAAGGAAAAGAAAGAGGCUUUGUGGCUUGAAGUUCUCAAUAAUUUGAGUUCCUUUAUUUUUAAGGAUGAAGAGGAAGUGAUGAAGGUUAUACAAUUAAGCUAUGACCAUUUGUCAGAUCACCUAAAGCCGUGUUUUCUGUACCUUGCAAGUUAUCCAAAGGACAAAGAUAUUGACAUCUCAUUGUUGAAACAAUUAUGGAGCGAUGAAGGACUUGUGGAACCAACUGAUUUGAAGAGUGUGGAAGAAGUAACGGAGGUUUAUGUGGAUGAGUUAAUUGCUAGUAGCUUGGUAAUAGUGAGAGGGGGUAGGGAACAAAGUUGCCAAAUUCAUGAUCUUGUGCAUGAUUUUUGUUCGAUAAAAGCUAGAAAGGAAAAAUUGUUUGAUUUGACGAGCUCAAUUUUUCUGUCUUCAUCCUCUUCUUCAGAUCUGAUGCUGCGUCGACGGACCAUUAUUUAUGAUGGGGACAUUCAUUCAGAUAAUAUUUCUUUCUUGUUCAAUCCAGAAAACAGAAAUCCUUGUGCUAAACACCUCCUCUCUUGUGACCUGAGCCUUGGUCCCUCUAAAUUUCUUCCCCAGAGCUGUCACCUAAGAUACCUGAGGCUCCUUAAAAGGUUGGACCUGAGGAAAAUAAAGUUGACAGAUACUGCGCUGAAUGAAAUAGGCAUGCUUGUUCAUUUGAGGUGCUUAAGGAUUGAGAUGAAGGCAAAAGCUCUCCCUCCGUCAUUUUCAAACCUCUGCAAUCUAGAAACUCUGGUGGUGUAUUACAGUGGAUCAAACCUGGUAUUAUCCCCUACUAUCUGGAGUCUUGCAAAGCUACGAUAUGUGGAGAUCAAAAGGACUUGUUCUGUCUUUGAUUCGGAUGUGGACAAACCAACAAAGUUAGAGAAUCUGACAACAUUAAUGCCUCUCAAGCUUUCAUGUUCGGUAGACUCUGGGGAUAUUUUCAAAAGGUUUCCCAAUCUUCGAACCCUUGGAUUCCACAUGGAUUGUUCAGCAGCAGAGCAGAUAUAUUUUCCAAGAUUGGAUCUCUUUAAUAAACUUGAAGAAGUUAGAGCGAAAUUAAGGUGUAGUGGGCGUCGUACACAUGUACAUCAGUUUGUUUUUCACUUCCCUUCAAGCUUGAAAAAAGUGAAAUUGGAUGGCAUCAAUCUGACAUCAGAUGCACUGUCAAGAAUUGGGAGAUCACUACCCAACCUUCAAAAGCUGGAACUAAAGAGAGCAAGCAUCGAAGGGGGAAAAGAAUGGAACAUGGAACAAGUCACCUUCCACAAUCUCAAAUCUCUAGGACUGUUUACGGUGUCCUUUUCUGAAUGGCUAGUUACUGCAGAUGAAUCCUUUCCCGUGCUCGAGGAAUUAGCCAUACUAGGUUGUCAUGAGCUUAUAGAGAUUCCAGAGAGUUUUGGAGAUAUUACUUCAUUAAAGUACAUCCUAGUGAAGGGAAGCCUUCAGCUUGAAAAGUCGGCACUCAAGAUUAAGGAAUAUGUUGAAGAAAUAACAGGAGAAGACAAGCUUGAGGUGACAACGGUAACUCUUCAGAUACGCGCGGGACUUCUAGCCUAUGGAGCCGCUAUGCUUUUUUGUCGUGCUAGGCAUAAUUUAAAAUAAAUCCAUGUAAAUUAUAUUUUAUGUUUAAAUUAUAGUUUAUAUGUUUUUUUUAAAAGAAAUCUCAAUCAUCAAUUUUAAAUGA